UGGACGGUUUUAUGAACAAAAUAUUUAAUUAGUUAACAAAUAAACGGAGAAACGUUAAGAUGAAUUCUGUUCUACUGAUUCUCGCAGUUACUGUGAGUCAUGUUUUACUAAUGAGUGCAGGUCAAGGUCAAGGCCAAGGUGGGUGGGGAGGCCAACCGGGGCAACCAGGGCAACCUGGUCAACCUGGUUACCCAGGUUCCAAUAAUCAAGCCGAUGAUCGAUAUCAUUACGGCCAUGGAGGAGUUGAUGUCAAUGGUCGCCCUUAUGGUGGUAUGGGCGGUAAUGGUGGCGGCUACAAUUUUAAUAUGACAAACGACGGACACGGUCAUAUGUACGACAUGCACAGUGGUGGUGGCGGUGCUGGUGGACAAGGCGGCUUCCCUGGUCAACCAGGGCAACCAGGUCAAUCAGGUGGUGGCUACAAUUACGGUCGUAAUCCCUCUCAUAGCGGUCAUAGCGGUUCCUCCCGGGUCACUUCGUGGACUUUCUCCUGCUUUUUAUUUAACGUAGUUACUUGCUUUGUUUUAGUAAAUUUCAAGUCAUGAAUUGAGUCAUCCUCACGAACAAGGUGAGGUCAUUUUAAAUCUAAUUAAUAUUUAUAAAAAUACAUAUAUGUGUGUGCCUUUCGAAAUGGCUUAAUUGCAAAA